AUAGGGGAGCCAUGGAUUUAAUAUCACUCCUUAGCAUUUAAUAUCUUCUCUUUCAGACAAAUCCCAGAUACUAUAUCCUAAACAAAACAUUCAUACAUACAUACCUCUGUGUUGGUUUUAAAAACAGCAAAAACAUCUCGUGAAAAUACUAUGUUUGAGAUUUAAGCAUUUUCAGCUCCUCAACUUCAGCUUAAUUCUGUCUCUCUUUCUCUCGUGAUGAAGAGCUCUUAAACUUCACGAGUUUCAUAUUCAAACCCAGUUUUGCAUUCCCUUCAAAUACCAUCCAUUUCUUCCUUCCAACAAUCAUGCAUUUUCGAUUCUUCGCUUCGAUCUCAACUUGUUUUCGAUGGAAGCCAGAACCUGCUUCUUCUUUUCCGUUCUUUUCGUCGGCUUUGUGUUUCUUGAUGCAAAUGCUAGUUUGCAGACCUACAUUGUUCAGCUUCACCCUCAUGGCGAAACGAGUGCUUCCUUCUCUUCCAAGUUUCAUUGGCAUCUCUCGUUUCUCGAGCAAACUGUUUCGUCCGAAGAGGAUUUUUCUUGUCGGCUUCUUUACUCUUAUCGUUCUGCCAUGGAAGGUUUUGCAGCUCAGCUGUCUGAAUCAGAGGUUGAGUUGUUGCAGAGGAUGCCUGAUGUUAUUGCAAUUAGGCCGGAUAUGACGUUCCAACUUCAGACUACCUAUUCUUACAAGUUCCUCGGACUUAAUCCCGCUAACGAUCAAGACUCGUGGUAUAAGUCUGGAUUUGGCCGCGGAGCAAUAAUCGGAGUUCUUGAUACUGGAGUUUGGCCUGAGAGUCCAAGCUUCGAUGACAGAGGAAUGCCACAGGUUCCAAAAAAGUGGCGAGGAAUCUGCCAAGAAGGGCAGGAAUUCAAUUCUUCUAAUUGUAACAAGAAACUCAUUGGUGCUAGAUUCUUCACUAAAGGUCACCGUGUUGCAUCUACUCGAACAUCAACGGACAUUUAUCAGGAAUAUGUGUCUCCGAGAGAUUCUCACGGGCAUGGAACUCACACGUCAUCCACAGCUGGAGGAGCUUCAGUUCCGAUGGCAAGCGUGCUUGGUAUUGGAGCUGGUAUUGCUCGAGGAAUGGCCCCUGGCGCUCAUAUUGCAGUUUACAAAGUUUGCUGGAUCAAUGGCUGUUACAGCUCAGAUAUUCUAGCUGCCAUGGACCUUGCGAUUAGAGAUGGAGUUGACGUCCUGUCCCUCUCUUUGGGCGGCUUUCCGUUACCUCUCUUUGCAGAUAGCAUUGCAAUUGGCAGUUUUCGAGCAAUCGAGCAUGGUAUAUCAGUCGUAUGUGCAGCAGGAAACAAUGGCCCUCUGCAGAAUUCAGUUGCUAAUGAAGCUCCAUGGAUUGCUACCAUCGGCGCAAGCACUCUUGAUCGGAAAUUCCCGGCCAUAGUUCGCUUGGGAAAUGGAAAAUUCCUUUAUGGAGAAUCCAUGUACCCAGGAAACCGAUUGUCGAAUACUGAAAGAGAACUCGAACUAGUGUAUGUAACUGGUGGUGAUACAGGAAGUGAAUUUUGCUUCAGAGGUUCUCUCCCAAAGGAAAAAGUACGCGGGAAAAUGGUGGUUUGCGAUAGAGGUGUCAACGGUAGGGCAGAAAAGGGUCAAGCUGUGAAGGAAGCUGGUGGAGCUGCAAUGAUCUUAACCAAUACGGAAAUCAAUCUUGAGGAAGAUUCGGUUGAUGUCCAUGUCUUGCCUGCAACAUUAAUUGGUUACGCAGAAGCACUGCGCUUGAAAACUUACAUAAACACAACAAGUAAACCAAAGGCUCAAAUCAUAUUUGGAGGAACUGUCAUUGGAAAAUCCAAGGCACCAGCAAUAGCUCAGUUUUCAGGUAGAGGGCCAAGUUUAACCAACCCUUCGAUCCUUAAGCCAGAUGUAAUUGCACCUGGAGUAAACAUCAUAGCAGCUUGGCCUCAAAACUUAGGCCCUACUGGUCUUCCGGACGAUCCCAGAAGGGUAAACUUUACAGUCAUGUCAGGAACAUCCAUGGCUUGUCCCCAUGUCAGCGGCAUCGCUGCCCUGAUACGUUCAUCUCAUCCCAGAUGGACCCCAGCCGCAGUUAAAUCUGCAAUAAUGACAACUGCAGAAGUAACAGAUCAUUCAGGACAGCCGAUAAUGGACGGUAACAAACCAGCAGGACUUUUCGCAAUAGGAUCUGGGCAUGUAAACCCAGAAAGAGCCAUCAACCCGGGUUUGAUAUACGAUAUCAGGCCAGAUGAGUAUGUUACUCACCUAUGCACUCUAGGAUACACAAAAUCAGAAAUUUUCACCAUCACUCACAGGAAUGUGAGUUGCAGAGAACUAUUGCAUAUGAAUAAGGGUUUCAGCCUCAAUUACCCUUCCAUUUCAGUAAUGUUCAAGCAUGGAAUGACAACUAAGACGAUCAAAAGGCGAGUAACAAAUGUGGGGAGCGCUAACUCCAUCUACUCGGUGGAAGUAACAGCUCCUGAGGGAGUCAGAGUGAGAGUAAAACCACAAAGACUGGUUUUCAAGCAUAGCAAUCAUAGUUUGAGUUAUAAAGUAUGGUUCAUAUCAAAGAAAACAACGAGAAAGGAUAAAAUAAGCUAUACACAAGGUCAUUUAACAUGGGUGCUCAAUCAAAAUCAUUUUCAUAGAGUUAGAAGCCCAAUUUCUGUAACUUGGAAGUAUAAGUAGCCGACGCAUACUAGUGGCUGUGAACCAUAUGGUUUAGCAUCAGAAGAUUUUACCUUUAGAUAGAGGGUAGAAUUGUACUGGAUGUAUACGUUUUUCUUUCUCAUAUUAAAUUUCCAGUUUAAGAUGGUUGAAUUCA